UUGACGCGACAUACAUACUUUCAACGCUGUGUGGGUGGGUCGUAAGCGAAGUUAAGGGAGAAAAAACGGUAUAUAAAAUGGCACAAAGCGACCCUCGUAAGUGGCAUAUGCCAGGAUGGCGAAUAGAACAACGUUAUGGGAAUAAAGUACUAAUCGGAAAUUGGUCAGAAGAACGUUUUGAUGCUUGGAGUAAAGCCAGAAUAAACUCAACAUCAACACACAGAAUGGAUUUUAAGGAUUAUAGUUGCUUCAGGCCAGAUGUAAUGACCAGGCGGUCAGCAAUGUUACAAAAUGAGGGUCUGCCAAAUGCCCUUAUUUUCAAUCACCAUGGAAACCAUUACUCCAACAACAUGAUUUCUUUGUAUGAUGAGCAUUACAAUAAGAAAGAACGUGAACCAAUGGACCGCUUGCCCAGUCUACGUCACUGGGACUCCCAUACUCUCUCCUGGGUGCCCGAAAAAUCUGAUCAUCCCAUUGAAAAAGGCCCAUCAACUCAAUUUGGUUUACGCGAGAAACUCCAACAAAAAUGGGCCGCUGAGGAACAGGCUGCUGGUCUAAGUCGUUACACCACAUCAUACAGCCUCUCUUACGUACCACGAGAGAAAAGUGCGCUUGUAACAAAUCAUUUUUCUGCUCCACGUGUACUGUCCACACGCAUGCAUGGUGCUAACAAAAUUAAUAAGGACUUAAAUCUUCGAAAUGUUAGUGUAUUACAGACUCCAGAUAAAGUUUUCUUGCCAGCAUCAUCCCGUCCUCAGAUGAAUCUUCCGCCACCGUCAAUUUCAACGUGAACAAUGUAAAAUAUAUUUGUAAUUUUCUGAAGGAAUGCACAAUAUAUUUUUAUAAGGAUAUUAAAUUAAGAAGUCAUGACCAAUAUUAAACUUCUUCCCAUCAUGUUUCCAGUGAAAAAAUCUUGAUUGUGUUUCAGUUAUUUUAAAUAUACUAGUAAUCAUAUUCAGUUCAGCUUUGUUCUUCCCACUGAUGCCAGUCGUAUCCCAAAGGGAGUACAAAAGUACUGUAACAACUUGUCUUCAACUGUUUUUCAAAAACUAAAUCAUGUAACAAAAUUAAAAAUAUAAUGGAUGCAUAAUAUGCAGUAUGGUAUUUAAUUAUUUUUUGUAAUUGCCCUGCAACAAAAAAAAAUAUAAAACAUAGUAAUAAUAAUUGAUAAGUUUGAUAACUGUAAAUAUACUAUUUUAUUUUUAUUUCUUUUUGGUUAACAUAUUUAAUAUCAUUGCACAAAUUAUCAUGAAGAAAUAAACAAAAAAAAGAAAAAAAGUAUUAUUGUCUGUCCACCGAAUGUGUAUAUUCUUAUUUGCAUUAACCUCAAUUUCAUUAAUGGAUUAAGUGGUGCAAUUAAAUCUUUAAUCAAAUUUAAAUAUUUUAAAAGUAAGUUUUUACCACCGAAUAUUAAGUAACCAUUGAUGUGAGUAUUAGAUACUGUACUAUGUUUGAUGUUAAUGUACGUAAUGUUCUGCAAACUACAGUUGAACUUGCCUAAGACGAAUCCAAAAUUUGUUCGACUUAAAUAAUAUUCGACUUACAGAUUGUUAAUUAAUGGUUAAUUAAUGGAAAACACAACAAUUUGGCAUGCAGGCAAAGUCGACUUAGGCAAGUUUAACUGUAACACGUUAUAUCGUCAUUGCGGACUUAUAAAAUCCGCAUACGCUAUAAAACUAAAAGAAAAUGCAUACAUUUUGAGUCCGUACCGAGCCCAAAAAAUCCGCAAUGAAAAUAUAACAUGUUCUGUACUAUCUAAAUAAAUGAUUAAUUCUUCAAUAUAAUUAAGUGACACUCUCUAAUGCCAAAUAAUAAUGAGGUGAAAGAAAAUAGGCAUGACAGUAAAGAAUUUUGGCUUCCAAAUCAACAAUUGGGUUUGAGUCCGAGGUGAGGUAGUUUAGGGAGGCUAAGCACAGGGGCGUAGGCUGGUGUCAUUCUGGGGCGGAAAUGGGGGUUGCAAAAAUUGAGAAUGUUGAACUAAAUCCCUAUUCCAAUGGAAAUUUAAUGGUCAUUUUUAGUAUUUUAACCCAUUUAGUGGAACUGAUCCGCUACUGUUUGGUCCUCCACCAAGGAGGAAGUAAAGGUUACCUGGUAGUUUGCCAAAGUGCUGAUUACUAAGCUAUAAAAUGGAAUGCUCCCAGGUAGUCAAAUAUGUAUUCCACAACUAGUACAUGUUUAAAUAAAACCUGCCACCAGAAUUGUGUAUGAAACCUAAUAUAUUUUAUACUUCAUAUAUAUACUUGAUUUGAUGUGUGCAUUGACGACUGUAAAAAGCUGAAUAAACAAAUGAUUUAUCAAAGGAAAA